AUGAAUUCUAAACUUUUUAGAUAGAGUAAGUCAACUUAAAAAAUACCAUAAUAAGUUUCAUAAUAAAAGAAUCUAGAGUAAGUUUACAUCAAACGACUUCAAGAACAAGAAGCCUUCAUGCCCAAAGACAUCUACAUAUAGAAACAUAAGAGCAUGCAUCAGAUAAUGAAUAAUUAAUAGUCAUAACCAUUGAGAUAUUAUUCUCAUAUCAACGAAAUUAGAUCAAUAAAAGAAUUCAUCUACAUCUCAGAAAAACUAAAACAGAAGAAUAUUGAGAGGAAAAUGCAAGAGAGAUUGGAACUGAAGGGCAAACUGAAUUAAAUCAAGUAAAUUGAAAUAGGAAAAAAACUGCAAUAUUACGUUGAGAGAAAAAUUCGAUUAUUCAUUAAGGAUAGACAACAUGAAGAAAAUCCAUAUAACAAAUCCUUUGAAGCAUUUUAUGAAUUCUAUAGCAAUGAUCCAAAGUUAAAAACCUUCGAAAAGGAAAAAUUACUCAGUGAAUUUAAUAGGCUCUCCUCCUAGGUUCUCAAUGUUCCCGUCAGUAGAUCAUAGCAUGCUAAAAUCACAAUAUCCCCACCUCCUAAAAACAUAUACUAAAUUAAUGAGGAUAAUGAACCCACAUUAAAUGAGGAAGAUGAUGGAACCAGUAAGUUUUUGACCAUGAAGGCAGCCAAUCGACUUUUAGGAAUGAUGAUGGUUGAAAGCAGUAAGGGAAAGAGAACUCCUAUAGUUUGGGCUCUUAACAAAAAGAAAGAACUACAAGAGUUACUCAAUAAACCAUUUGGAGGGAAGAUGAAUUUCACGAUGAACGCCUUCAAUUGGCUAAUAGAUAAUGCCAUUCAGAAAAGCUAGGCUUACAUCAAUAAAAAUUAAGUUGUUGAACAAAAGAGUGUGGAUCCCAAGAAAAUUGGGGAAUUGAUUGAUAAGGGACUUGUUAAUAUUAAGAGAACAUUAAGUAAGAGACCAGCUAGUUCAAAUAAUGUGAGGAGUUGUUAAUAAUUGAAACAUAGAAAUGAUGUAGCCUUAGAAUAUUGCAUUUCGGAACGUGUUAGACAGAAUGUCAUAUAGCAAAAACUGAGGAAUCAAAAGAUGCAAGAGUAAUCAAAAAUUCAGAAAAGUUAUUUAUCAAAUGAUUCUUAUGUGAAUCACUACAUCUGA